AUGGCGCGUGUUACCGACUCACGCGUGAUUUGUUUAAGGCCAAUUAUCAGCAACCUUACCAUCUGCGAGAUCAAGAUCAGUGAUUCCGAAUCGGACAUUGGAAUAUACGGGGUCUUACAGAUCGACAGGUCUGUGGCUAAUUCUGCGGGCUUAAAUUGGCCAGAAAAAGAUGUGUUCACCUUCGGAUGCCCUCUGCCAAGCUCCGGGAAAUCACCCAUAUGGCAGGUCUGCCAGAAUCACACCAUUGACAGUGUUCUUACGAGCUCUGAGUGGUCCCUAUAUGACCCCAGUGGAAUGGAUGACAUUAGGCUUCUCUGGAAUGCGGGUCUACAAGGUGCCUGGGAAACUUGGGAAAACCAACCCUGGUCAUUUAACAGCUCAUCGACAGUAGACAUGCUCAAUUCUACAGAGGAUGGCUCGUGGACAGUCCAGGCCUUCAAAGUGACACAUCAACAUCUUAAAGUAACCGAAAGACACGAUCUGAAGAUAACAAUGUGCGCACAGUCAAAAAUGUUGCCCUCAUUGAGCAGCCAGACGGCCCGAGCGGAGCCGAAUUACAGGUGGACGGUGGAUCCGGCGGUCUACAUCACGGAGACGCUGCGCAAACAGCUCAACGCUGUCACCAAUAAUCCCCUCCUGUCACGGCCACCCGACCAAGACGGGACUCUAGCUAUCGAUAAACAGAGACUUAACUCAAGCAUCGCCGAGGUCCGCAGCGGCAAAUGGGUGAAGAAUACAAAAGGUCGGAUGAUGAACAAUAUCCUCGGCGGCCUCUUUUAUAGAUCAGAGAGCGCGCCAAUUAUGCUUUGCUCCUCUUGUUUGACAACGCGGAAUCGGUCUUAUGUCCCGCUCGACGAUCUACACAUUCAACUGUUUGAAGAUACUCUUAAAGAAACAGGCUCACCUGCGAGAGCCUUACAGGCACUAUACUUCACACUUGAACGGUCUGUAUACUACGACAAACUAAGCAGUUAUGCAUCUAGCGAGCUUGCUGACGAAGACGCCGCUGUUGCCGAAAUCAUGACUUUCAAACUGACACAGAUCCCGAAGCAUUGCAGGGGAUACUGGGCAGUUGCGGGAAUUCUGGCUGCCUUCUUCGCCGUCUUCGCUUCUGCGGUCUGGCUCUACCGGCCGAUGCGCUACAGUCUGCCUGGAAACUCUUGGCAUGCCAUCGCACAGAUAUCCGAGAGCGCCCAGCUUACCGAACUCCUUCGCAUAGCGAGACUAUCCACUGACGAGGAGGUCGAGCAGAUGAUCAAGGGAACCCCGAAGUCCCCUCUUGAUCCGGACAGCUGCGGAUCUAUUUUCUGCGUCAACGGGAGCCUCCAGCGCGCGAAGAGACGGUCUCUAGCUGUAUUCAAGUCCGUGUUUGCGUCCGGCCCAGAGCGGGAAGUACCACGUUUCGUCCUCCGGGAGGGCGUUUUCGUUCGCGCGUCAGGGGAAGAAGCGUAUGCGGAACUGAACGCAAGCGGCUUCCGGCACCGGUUGGUGAGGAAACAUUCAUGGAGUGAGAGUGUCGAUUGA